UAUAUCACCUAUUCAUUCAGAUCGCAGAGUCAUGGCGAAGAGUGGCGACAUUAUGGAAGCCAUGAGGCCAAAGAGUGUCAAGGAGCUGCAUGCCUCAAUUGCUGCAGCAGGCAGAAGACGGCCACUGCCUCCAGUGGCAAACCAAUUGCAAACCUUUGUGGAGCAGUGCCGGGAGUGCGAGGAAAGAUGCGUGUCACGUUUACGUGAGCGUGCCAAAUUUGAAGCUGCACUCCUCCCCUCCAACCUGCAAGAGAAGGAUGCUGCGCGCUCACAAGUUGUGGAAGGGGUGCAGCACCGUUUCGCAGCACUGGAGGGCCAAUGCUCAGUAAUAUGCGGAAAGAGGACGGCUCAAUGAUGUGAUAUGUACUGGAUAUGGAGCUUACUGUACUAGGCCUUAUGUUCAAUAUGAUCAUGAUUAUGUAUGUUUCAGCUUUUUGCACUGCAAGACUGUCUUAUCAGAUGAUUUCAUCGCUUCAUUCCUUCUCAGGCUUUCUCAUUUGGUAACUGGCAGUGGCCUCGGAAAGGGGCCACUCAACUCAAACCGAUUUGAUCAGUAAUCUCAUGAGAGGUUGAGAACACCUCCUGCAGCCUACCCGGCAGCUCCUUUGCGCAGCGACAUAGCCUCCCUGUCACAUAAGGUUAAGCCUCACUGAGGGUAGCUCUCCAAACGUUCAAUUGCGGUGUGAACGAGUGCGUUUCGCAAAGAGUGCGCUUUGGACAACUUUCCAUUGUGGUCCCCUUGGGGUAGAACCUCCUUUUGGACGAGCGCAAUGUUUCUUCAAUAUGUUUGUGCAUCCUGCC